AUGGGCGCCGGAGAAAAAUGGAUCACUUGGAAUAAUCAUGUGACAAGCGACAUCAUGGUAGUUUGUUUCGCAAAGUCAAUUGACAGUUUUGGAAUCAAGUUUUUACACGUCCGCACGUUGAGAGCGUCUCUCCCAACAAGAAUGCGAAUUUCUUUCAUUCAGUCAGGAUUCGUCGUACCGCAACUGCCACUCAAUGAGCUGUUUGUAUGCCAUAAACAGAUCCGUAGCAAUGGCUGUUUUAUUCUCUCUUCCAACGCGCUAACAACUUUUGUUACGCCAUUACUCUUCUUUCUUGAUCCUUAUACCUUUUCUCUCUAUAUUUUGGCUUCUUUCAUCUUUUUGGCUUUUCCUCAAUUUAUUAAUCGUUUCUUUCUUUCUUUCUUUCUUUCUUUCUUUCUUUGCAGAUUCAUUCCGUUCUUUUCCCUUCUUGCUUUAACUUAUUCUUUCUUUCUUUCUUUCUUUCUUUCUUUCUUUCUUUCUUUCUUUCUUUUAUCCUCCUAUUCCUUUCUCCCUCCCAAUUUCUCCCUCCCAAUUACUUUUCCCUUUUCUUUUUUCUUUUCCAAUCUUUCUUUCUUUCUUUCUUUCUUUUUUCUUUCUUUUCUUUUUCUUUCUUUCUUUCUUUCUUUCACCAAUUACUUGACGUUCCUGACACCAUAUUUAUAA